AUUAGCACAGAAAUAAUAGUUAUCUAGAAGAUGUGGUUGUUAGGGAGAUAUGUCAGAUCUCUGUUGUCUCCUGUUUGGAAUGGGGAAAAAUGUAAAAUGGUAAUAAUAGUCCGAUCAGAUCUAGCUAUGGGAAAAGGCAAAGUUGGUGCUCAGUGUGCCCAUGCUGCACUAGAGUGCUGCCGUCAGACCUUACAUAGCCAAAAGAAGCAACAAAUGUUUCACUCCUGGUUACAAAUUGGACAACCUAAAAUUGUUCUUCAAAUACAAAACGAAGAGAAAUUGUUAAAUCUAGCAGAUAAAGCUCAACAUGCUGGUCUAAUUACCGCUGUAAUAAAAGAUGCUGGUAAGACUCAAUUGAGGCCUGGUACAGUUACAGUUGUUGGUAUAGGACCAGGAUCUAAUGAAAUUAUCGAUAGCCUUACAUCAAAAUUAAGAUUAUUAUAGUGCUGAUUUUAAUUGGAAUAUUUUAUAGACUCAACUCUGUUUGAAUAUCAAGUUAUUAGGAUGAAAGGUUACAUAAUUAUUUUAAUAUUUGGAAUUUUGGUGAUUUUCUAACAAAAUAAGUUUCAAAGAAGCUUUUUCUCUUCAUGCAAGAUUAAAAUUUUGUAAUUAUUACAAUGACUGCAAUAUAUAUUUUGUGCUAAAUA